GCUUUCUUUCUGAACUUUCAUAAGUUAGUCAAAACUGCUGACUGUGCAUUUAGUUUGUGUGCAUCUGCACUGUCACAGUACAUAAUAGUAUUUUAACUUAUUAAGCAAGACAGUUUGUAUUAAUUAUAGUUUGUUUGCUAUUGACCAAGAAUGGAAAAACAACGUUGCAUUCUCAGACCGAACAGUUUUUUUUUUCACCGUGUAACGUUCCACUUUUACAAGCCUGUCUCGAGACACCCGGGUUCUUUGCAUCUGGCUUUUUUUUUUUUUAGCUCAAUACGGGUUCGGUGUGAACAGCCCCUCACUAAAGCACUGCAGCAUCAAAAUUAUACAUCCAAAAAUCAUCAGACUUCACAAUAAUGUCAAAUUAUUCAGCAAAACCCUAUAUUAUUCUUGAUUAAUGUAAUAGAGUGCCUCGGGAAAUGCGUCGUGUUUUUGUCUGGAGUUCCCUGUCUGCCAGAGAGGAACUUCUGUUUUCCUGCAGGAGUGUAAUGUUAGGUGUGUCCGACUCUUUGCGGAAAAGGUCAGCACAGUGAAGCACAUUUUGUACCUCAGCUCACAAGGUGCUGUUUGCUGUGGGUUUGGUUAUCUUAGUGUACUGUGACACUGUAAGAGAUAAGGGUCUGUGGGUGUCACUGGUUGAAUGGAAAUACAUUUUGUGUAUUGUAGAUUAUGGCAUGUUUCAAAGUCUAAAGAUCUUUUAAAAUGCGUAAUCUCCCAUUUGUUCUUACUGUAGGUUAUCUUAAAGACCAAACAAGGCCUAGCUGUUUUAGAGAUGUGUACUAACAUCGCUCUCUCUCUCUCUCUCUCUCUCUCUCUCUCUCUCUCUCUCUCUCUCUCUCUCUGCUAUUCUUUUCCCUCUUUUUUCACUCACAUGUUCGCCCAGCGAACAUCGUAAUAAGAAAUGCAUGACUAAACCAUUGUGACUCUAAUGUGUUGGAAAUGACAAAAAAUUAAGCACAAAGACAAACUGAGAUUCUUGUCCAUAAUGUGACAUUUAAGCACUUUCUUCUGGCUAGUAGUAAUAGCAAGACUCAGUUUAGAAUGGUGACUCGGCUUAUACUGUACUGAAUAGCCAGUGAUGCUGAAGUUGUUUAAUUACAAUUACAGUUUUACCUUGUAAAAGUUAAAAGAUGACCUGUGCUCUUUGCUUCAGCACUUAUUUUGCUUUGUUUGGUUGAGAUGUUCUAGAGUGGAGAAACAGUUAUGCAAUAAAUGGAAUCCAUCCAACGGUCCCUUAACACACACACACACACCCAUGAUUGCACAUAACUGUAGACGGUAUCAGGCGGUGCUAUUGUUACCAUAGCUACUCGAAAAUACAUGGUUGAGGAAAACAGUGAAGGCCGUGGGUACUUCUGUGUGUAUGCAGUAAAGUGUGGUAUUUAGCACCUCUCUGAAAAACAGCUUUUAAUCUCACUGGCAGUUUCACAAUCAGUAGAUCUUUAGGAAAUUAAUUCUGUGAUAGCUUCUGAGUUCAUGGGCAAUGGAAAAGUCAGGAGACAGCGAACAGUCAAUUCUUGUUUUUGGAACAUUGUAUCCUGCUUACAACUCUUUUAAAGCUGUCAAAUCCAAGAAUGUCAAAGAAUAUGUCCGAUGGAUGAUGUACUGGAUCGUGUUUGCUCUUUACACAGUGGUGGAGACCAUCAUGGACCUUUCUAUGGCAUGGUUCCCACUUUACCAUGAACUUAAAGUUGCCUUUGUCAUCUGGUUGCUCACCCCCUACACCAGAGGAGCCAGUCUCAUCUACAGGAAGUUCCUACACCCUAUGCUGGCAUCCAAGGAAAAGGAGAUUGAUGAUUAUAUAGUCCAGGCCAAAGAGAGGAGUUAUGAGACCAUGGUGAAUUUUGGUCGUCAGGGUCUCACUAUCGCUGCUACAGCUGCAGUCUCCGCUGCUGUGAAGGGACAGGGUGCCAUCAGUGAGCGUCUGAGGAGUUUUAGUAUUCCUGACCUGACGCAGAUCCCCUCUGACCAAUCGGCACUCUCCAACCCCAGCCGACGGGCUGUACAGGCUGCUAAGCCUAGCUCUGUUGGUUCUGAAGGGGAGGGGAAUGAGGAGGAAACAGAUGGAGUAUUCUCUGAAGACGAGGCGUCAGUGCAGAAGGGUCUGCGCAGAUCUCAGAGUGUGAAAAUUGCCCGUGCCAAAGCAGCACGCAAAGAGCCUCGCUAUGGUUCUUUGAAGCUGAAACCUAGAAGGCGGCCAUUGAUAACAUCAUCCUCAUUUGACCAUCCUUGAUUGUCCACUACAAUUCCACAAAGGGGAUCAGCAUCAAACCAAUAGCUAACUGCAGUUUGAACCUCAGUUUAAAGCUGCUCAAGUUAAAUCCUAAACUUUGGCCUUGCAUUUCUAUAAGUGAAUAGUGUUUUAAAGCAACACAAAACACUGUUGACUAAAACUUUAGCUCAGAACUGAACUACAUACAGUACACAGACUAACAGAAAACACAAUUUCACUCACAUUUAUAUCCAAAGUGACUUACAAAUGAGGAAUACUACAAUACAAGUGACAGUGAUGCAGAGAAACAAAAUGCAGGUUAUAAAUGUUUGUUUUUUUAUCUUGUUGAAAUGAGACCCUUGCAUCCAUUUAUGAAUUUAUUGAAUGCAUUCAAAAAAGUAUAAAAGCCUAGAAUACAGAAAGGCUCAUACUGUUUUCUGUGCAUCCUUUAAAAGUGUAAAGACCUUUAUUAAGUAUUUGUUUUAUUUCUAUGGGUUCCUUCUAUGCAAAGUAUACUAAGAAUGUACUAAAAACCUCAAAGCUUUUAUAAAAAUGGAUCAGAGAGUAUCUGAUCUGUUGUAACUUGACCUAAAACUGCCUUUGAAGAGACAUCUCUUAUUAAACAGAGUGAGUGUCAUGGUAGCACACAGAUCUCUGGUGUCCACACUCUCCCUCUACAAGAGCAAGUGUUAAGGUCAAGGUUUCUGUAGUGUGUCGCUUUUAGCUUGUAUUCACUGUAAUGAAAUGGAACAACUGUCUGGAGAAGUACAAGGGUCGGUGAAUAUGUAAAGCUUUAACACCUCCAAAAAAAAACUGACUUUGCUUGACGUGCUAUCACUAAGAAAGAGAGCUUCUUAAUGUUUACAGCUUGCUUUUUUUUUAAUGUAGCUUAACAUGCAUUUGAGUAUAAAAUGUUUAUUUUAUUAGAUUUUAACAGAAUUUUUAAAAGCUGUUUCCAAAUACAUUUCUUAAGUUUAAAUGUCUUAGGAUAUUCUUAAAUACAUUACGUGCAAUGCAUUUUAGUGUGAUUAUGUUUUCUGCAUUUAGCCUGCCAUUCUAGUUUUUCUGCCUUCUCUUAUUUUAAUAAAGAAAUGCACUAAUUAAUGUAAUAUUUAAACAAACACUCCAGCUGUACUUCCCCAAAGCAUGAGAGUGGAUAUGAUGUAAGUUGACAGAAGUUAAACAUUGUGGUUUGUUCAUAUAUAAACAUUGGGAAUGAUUUGUCCAUUUUUCAAUAUGUUUGUGUUUGACCGUUUUUCAGUCUUGUUUAUGCUUUGGAAAAGUCUCUGAGCAGUUGGGAAAUUAGUUGUAUUUUUUGUAUGAUGGAAAAAAACCUGUCGAUAAUGCAGGUUUGUGUCCAACAGUUGCCUUCAAUAUGUUAAUAAACUCUGGGCCUUAAAUCAAGAAUAAAGUUUAAAAAUGUGUUUAA